AUGCCUGCCAUCGAAGAUGGAAUGUCACUAGUUGGAUUCCUCGUAGUAACGAUGUCCUUUGUGUACAAGGACCAAAACCUUCUUGUGCAAGUCCAAGCCGACUCAAAAAUAUUUCAAGGCUACCCCGAAACUUUUAGCAUGCAUCUUCAAUCUGGUCAGUGGAGCUGGCUUCUUUCACUUGUGUCUGCAUUUCUGUUUGCUUCUGUCGAAGGCAAGGAUUUGUCCGAGAAUCCCAAACCAACCUUCUCUUUUGACCGACUCUGGAAACUCGAGAAGGGCUUUUGGGAUUCCUUUCUCUACCCUGAGAAUCUGAACCAGACACAGGGCAAUGAAUCAGCCAUUUUCACAUCUGAUGUACAAGGCCGCGUUGAUAUCACCCGCACCUUCGAUGGCGACGAGCUGAACCGCGAAUACAUAUUCGGCCUAUUCGCCGAUCCAGACCACGUUAGUCUUGUCGGUGUCCCGAUCGCAUACAACAUCACUCAAUUCACCGCCAAUGACGACAUCGCAUCCGCAACAACAGUCGUGACCUUCAACGCAACAAGUUUCGGCGUCCUUAUCCCAGUGACGAUCGACACUUGGGUCAAAUUCAAUGCAGACGGCAAGAUCGCACAGUACGAUGCAACAUUCCGCUGGUUCGAGUAUCUACUCGACUUCCUACUUGAAGGGGUCGCAACAAAAAUUAACGCCACUGAACCUGAACAGGCUGUCGCAUAUGUUGCUGAUUUGCUAGCCACGGCCAUCUGUGACACGCAUGAACAGCAUUGCAUAGGUUCGAAUCAGCAAUAUACGGAUUCUGCAAGUUGCUAUGACUUUUUGACCAAGACUGUGCGAUUUGGAAAGGCUCAUGAGCUGGGUCGCAACACAUUGCUGUGUCGGGAAGUUCAUGAGCAUAUGGUGCAGUACCGCCCCGAUGUACAUUGUUCACAUAUUGGCCCUGGUGGUGGUGGAUACUGUGUUGAUGAUAUGGACUACAUGCAAACUGUGCUACAGAGAUACUUCAAUGACUCCUGGAUUCCUUUUGGGUAUGGCACGGAUCAGAAUAUCUGGCUCGCCACCUAA